AUGCUUGUGCUGUGGCUACUUGUGGCGGUGAGUGCGUUGCUUUGGUUCGUUCGACGUCUGCGUACAACUCAGGAGCCACCUGAAUACCCUGGGGCAUUCCCACUGAUCGGACACAUACCCUUUCUCUUCGGAGACAGUUCUCUCAUAGCCGAUCCUGAUGACGCCUUAACAGCGGCGAACGCUUGCUUAGAAAAGAACUUUAUGUACAAUUUCGCGAAGUCGUGGCUCGGUGACGGAUUGAUUACUUCCACAUUGCCGAUCUGGAAGAAACACCGCAAGCUGCUGAACCCAACAUUCAGUCAGCAUUUAAUGUACAGCUAUACGGACGUCUUCAAUCGACAGGCGCGUCGUCUAGUGGGACAGUUGGCUAGGCAUUCAAAUCGAGGAGACUUCGACCACCUGCCUGUCAUGCACCAGAAUGCUCUAGAAACUAUUUGCAAACCGAAGAGCAAGCCGUUCAUAGAAUUGCUGUUUGAGAUGUCUGAAGGGCAAGGUCUCUUCACUGACGAUCAAGUGAGGAAGCACGUGGACACGAUUAUCGUGAGCGGAUACGAGACGAUCGCUUCUGUGCUGUGUUUCACCUUAAUUCUUAUUGGUUCCUAUCCGAGAGUUCAGGAGCGAAUUUUGACCGAAUUAAAUGACGUAUUUGAUGCCACUGACAGAGAUGUAACAAGACACGAUCUAUCGCGCCUGGUCUAUCUGGAAGCGGUGAUAAAAGAAUCAAUGAGAGUAUACACGGUGGCGCCAAUCGUGGCGAGACGUGUUGACAGAGAUGUAAAAUUGAGCAAAACAUACGCGAUGACGUCGUUGAAGACAACGCUAGUACACCUACUGCGGCAUUACAUAGUGUCGGCAGACCACAAGAAAAUGGUGUUGAAGUUGGAGUUUUUGUUGAAACCUUUGUCGGGCCAUCACAUCAGCAUAGAGAAGAGAGUUAGGGUA